AUGGCGCCCUCUCUCGACUCUUACUUCCAGCAGGUUGACACCCUGUCUGAGUCCUUUAUCGAACGCCUGCGCAAGGCCGUUGCCAUUCCCUCCGUCUCGGCCGACGAGGAGAGGAGGCCCGAUGUCGUCAAGAUGGGCGAGUUCCUCGCCAGCGAGCUCAAGACGCUCGGCGCAGAGGUGCACCUCCGUCCGCUCGGCAAGCAGCCGCACAAGGAGCACCUGGAGCUGCCGCCCGUGGUGCUGGCGCGCUACGGCAGCGACAAGAACAAGCGCACCAUCCUGGUCUACGGCCACUACGACGUGCAGCCGGCGCUGAAGGAGGACGGGUGGGCGACGGAGCCCUUUACGCUGACGGUCGACGACAAGGGCCGCAUGUACGGGCGCGGCGCGACUGACGACAAGGGCCCGGUGCUCGGGUGGCUGAACGCCAUCGAGGCGCACCAGAAGGCGGGCAUCGACUUCCCGGUGAACCUGCUCAUGUGCUUCGAGGGCAUGGAGGAGUACGGCAGCGAGGGCCUCGACGACCUCAUCCACGCCGAGGCCAAGAACUUCUUCGCCGACGCCGACGCCGUCUGCAUCUCCGACAACUACUGGCUCGGCACCGAGAAGCCCUGCCUGACGUACGGCCUGCGCGGCUGCAACUACUACAGCAUCGAGAUCUCGGGCCCCGGCCAGGACCUGCACAGCGGCGUCUUUGGCGGUACCGCCCACGAGCCCAUGACGGACCUCGUGCGCGUCAUGGGCUCGCUCGUCGACCCGCAGGGCAAGAUCCUCAUCGAGGGCCUGGACGCGCUGGUCGCGCCGCUGACGGACGAGGAGAAGUCGCUCUACGGCGACAUCGCCUUCACCAUGGACAACCUGUACGAGUCGCUGGGCAGCCAGACGGGCCUGUUCCCAGACAAGGAGCGCACGCUGAUGGGCCGCUGGCGCUUCCCCUCGCUGUCGCUGCACGGCAUCGAAGGCGCCUUCAGCGCACCCGGCGCCAAAACCGUCAUCCCCGCCAAAGUGACGGGCAAGUUCUCGAUCCGCAUCGUGCCGAACAUGGAGAUCGACGACGUGAACAAGCUGGUCGAAGCGCACGUGAACAAAGCCUUUGCGGCGCUGGGCUCCAAGAACACGUGCAAGUUCAUCGUGCAGCACUGCGGCAAGUGGUGGGUUGCCAGCCCCAAGCACUGGAACUUCACGGCCGCGGCCAAGGCCGUCGAGCGCGUCUGGAAGGUCAAGCCCGACUUGACGCGCGAGGGCGGCUCCAUCCCCGUCACCCUCACCUUCGAGCAGGCCACCGGCAAGAACGUCCUCCUCCUGCCCAUGGGCAGCUCCACCGAUGCCGCGCACAGCAUCAACGAGAAGCUCGACCGCAGGAACUACAUCGAGGGCAUCAAGCUGCUCGGCGCUUACUUGCAUUAUGUGGCUGAGGAGCCCAUGAACGCGGCCGCUUAG